UUAAUAACAGAUUUAUGCAUCAACAACAUUUAUUUAAUUCACCUUCGUGUUCAUCAAUACAAAACAGAGCCUAUUAUGCUCAACCAUCAGAAGAAACAUCAAAGAUAAAUUGCACGACGGAGGAAACCGGUGAUGAUAGACAGUCCCAAACUGUUGAUCUACAAAUGCCACGACAAACAGUCAAAGCAAAUGAACAAAAAACUUGUGAUGGCCGAUGUUUUGCCGAACGUCGCGUUCAUUGCAGGGAACUUGGUAAAUGGGGGAAACCAAUGCUUAUGACAAUUGUUGGUCUCGAAAAUGUAUUUCAACGUGCGCUUGGACCACUUCAAUGGCGCAAAUACUGCAAAGCAGUUAAAGCAUCCAUCGCAAAUCCUACGGAUUUUUGUUUUAUUGAAGAGUUACUUUGUGAUUGGUGCCUUAAUUCUAGAAUGGCUGCAACUGGUUAUGAUUCUUGUCCAACAAUGAAUGAGGAACUUCUUGGUGAUGAUUCUGCUUCCUUUAGCUGCUCUACUUUAGCAGCAUCUUCCUCAUCCUCUACUAAUAAUGCAUCACCUCAAGCUUCCACAAUCUCAACAAAUAGUAGAAAUUUUAACAAGUGCUCAGCAGCAAAUUUCCAAUCCUCUUCGACGCUUAAUGACGAAUCAACUGAUAGAUCAUCUCUUUCAGCUGCUUCGUUACAAUUUAUGAUGGAAUCGGCUGCAUCUAAUAAUAAUAAUAAUUCUGGAUCCCAGCAGCAACACUUUCUUGGCAUUCAAUCAUCUAUGGCGUUCCUUGCUUCAUUGUUCAAUCACGGUGCUACAGAAUAUCCCCAAAAUUAUUUGCCACCAUUGCCUUCAGCAUUUUCGUCUCUUUUACAAAAAGCAAAUCAACCAGCAGCUUUACAAUCACCAUCAAUAAUGCCACCUGGAUUUCCCAAAAUAAUGGCCAAUUCAAAACCUAAUUUAUCAACAGCAGUUUCUCCAACAUUUCCGUUGUCUCUUCCACCACAAUUUAAUACUCAAGCUUCUUUUGAUUUACAACAACAACAACAAUUAGCAAUGACUUGGCAUUCGCAACUUCUUGCUCUAAGUUUUCUCAAUUCAAUGCAGCAACAACAACAAAAUGGAUUUUUCUUUCCUCAACUUCCGUUAAAUUCAGUUAUUCAACCAUAUAAUUUUGAUCAACAGCAGCAACAAUUACUUACAUCUGCUUCUUCCGAUGACGAAGCAUUUUCUUUACUUUUCGGACAAAGAUUGCAACAAAAAAAGUAUUCUCCGCCAACUUCAAAUCAAACAUUUCUCUCGACGGGUAGUAUUGAAGGGAGUAAUAAAAGUGAUUUUCCUAGUCAAAAAAUUGGUGGAGAUGAACAACCAUUGGAUCUUUCUGCCAAACCAAGUGCCUUAAAGAAUACGAUUGGUAAUAAAACUUGCCCUUCUCGUUUAAAAAUGAACAUUUCUGAUGAUGUUUGUUCUCCACAUCUAAUUAAGGGAAUUUUAUCGCAACAAAUUCGCGAUUCUCACGACUUGGAUGAGGAAAUUGAUCUUAACGAAAAUGGAAAUACAAAUACUGGCGUUGAACAAGGGUCAAUCAAUUCUAAUUCGAAUUUGCUUGAAGACGGUAGCGAAGCUGAAACUCCUAAAUUAUUAGGAGUAAAAAAAUAUUCGCAAGCAGAUUUGGACGCUGCCGUUUUGGACAUUCGUCUCGGACGUUUAGGCACUCGCCGUGCUUCAGUAGUUUAUGGUAUACCUCGUUCAACAUUGCGUAACAAAAUCUAUAAGCUUGAGGCUGCAGAUGAACUUUUGACUAGUGGUUUGGAUUGUAGCAAUAAUAAUAAUAAUAGUCGACACAAACGCCUAGCUGCCGUUGCUUUAAACAAAAAAGAACGUAAACGAGUUGCGUCAACGUCAGUAUCCUCAUCGCCAAGAUUGAAGAAAGAAAAACAGCAGGAGGUUGAUGAAGGAAUAGAUCCUAGCAAUAGGUCUAAUGUUGAGAAGAAUUAUGCAUUGAUCUCUAAAAAAGGCGAGAAUCUAAAGGCGAAAAACGAGCAUUUGGAGUCUUCAUUAGCAAUUAAACAGCAACAACAACAAUUGGAUGUUUUAAUUCCAAGUGCUUCGACAUCAUUAACAGAUGGGAUGUCAGUACCAGCAAUAACUGCCGAAACUCUUUUCAAAGAACUUACUAGCCAACUUGGUCAAUUUGUUGGACAGGCUAAUAAUAUUGAACAACUUGCUAAUAAUAUUCCUACAGAACCCCAAUGUGAUUUUGACUUAGAAAAGUAUCAGGAGUUUGAUCCAAAAUGCAAAGGAAAGCGUCAAAAACGUGGACAAUAUCGUAAAUACAACAAAGAUGCAUUAGAUAGAGCAGUAACAGCUGUACGUAAUGGUGAGAUGUCUGUUCACCGUGCGGGUUCUCAUUUUGGUGUGCCUCAUUCAACGCUUGAAUAUAAAGUAAAGGAACGUAAUCUUAUGCGUAUAAAGAGUAAAAAACAGCACGGACUGCUUAGGUUGCCACCUAUUUUGACUGCAUCAACAGAUGCCUCGGGAAUUGUUCAACAACAACAACAGCAGAAUUCUCUAUAUUCUUUGCAGAAUAAUGGCAAUCCAAAUGGAGAAGGACAUAAAAAUGCGGAAGAGGAGGAAGAAGAAUCUUGUUCUCCUGUGACUGGAGAAAAUUUGCUUGGAACAAUGCUGAAAUCGCUUGUUUCUGCUGCUUCAGCAAAUAAUAGAGGAAAUAAUUUUUGUUAA